UAUCAUUAUUCACUGUUCACUAGGACUCCUAGCUACACAAUCUUCAAUAUGGUUGCCAGAUAUACCAGCAUCGUUUCCAUCGCCGUCAUUCUUUGCUUGGCUUGCGGAGUACAAGCCGGUACCCCUCUUGUCGGGUAUGGAAGUAACACUUUCAAUGAAAUAUUCUCCACCGGAUUUCAAAACGGCCUAGGCGGCUAUGGAGCUGGUACUGUUGCCGGAGCCAUUGGUGCCUACGGUCAAUUCACUGGAAUCGGUACCGUUGGAGUUGGUCAAGCGCUGACUGCCGGAAAAGGCUACAACCCCUACGCCGGUGGUGGUGGCUCUGGCGGCAAUGGUUUCGGUGGUUUCGGAACUGGGCAAACUGGUAACUACCACUAAAAGCCAACUGACGACGACGUCACACAAUUUACUUAAGGACGAGUGCGCCGGACGAAGUUUUAUCACGUUUCAUAUUUCACCGCAAUCCUAUGCAAUGCCUUCUUUAAUACUCGGAAAAAUAUUUUGUUAUGUGUCUCAAAAGCUCUUUACUGGAUACAGAGCUUUAGAAACUUUCAAAAUUGCCGUUGAUUUUGUGCUGAAAUAAAAGUUUAGAUUCAA